AUGGCACGGCACGGUCUUAAGUGGGUCGUGUCUGAGCUGGAGUCGCGGUUUACAGACACGCAGAGCCACCAUGUCGCGGCACGGAAGGAGAAGCAGCUUGAGACUCUGCAGGCUGCUCUUGGGCUGGACACUGAGGGUGUAAAGAAGGGGGAUGUAGAAAGUGAUGUGGAGUCUGGGGAGCUUGUUCCUGGGAAGUACUCUAAAGAGUUGGAUACUGCUGGGCAGAGAGAUAGCGAGGCUUUAAAGGAUGGCAAAAAGGAUGCAAAGAAGGUAAAGAAGGAAACAGGGAAUGAUGGAAGAAUUCGCAGCAAAAGUUCUAAGAAGAGUAAGCAUAAAUAUGAUUCAGACCAUGAACAUGACAGGAAGAAGAAGAGUUCUUGCCAUGGUUCAGAAGAUGAUUCUGAGACUGAUUAUGAUGCGAAGAAGGAAAAGAAACACAUAAAGAAAUCUCGUCAUGAUUCAAAUGACGAUUCUGCAGAUGAUUGUUACGAGAAGGAAGAGAAACACAGCAAGAAAUCUCGUCAUGAUUCAGAUGAUGAUUCUGAAACUGACCGUAAGAAGACAAAACCAGGAAAUGGCCAUCAUCAUGAUUCCGAGUCUGAUUUAGAUAGUGAUCAUGGAAAGAAGAAAACAAAACGUGCGAAGAACAAUCAUGAUGAGAGAAAGAAGAUACCAGAGAAGAGCUCUCAUCAUGACUCUGAGGAUGAAAAGCCCAGGAAGAGCAAGUACAAGGAGAGUUCUCAUCAAGACACUGAGGAUGAGAAGCCUACAAAGAACAAGUACAAGGAUAGUUCUCGUCAUGACUCUGAGGAUGAGAAGCCUACAAAGAGCAAGUACAAGGAUAGUUCUCGUCAUGACUCUGAGGAUGAGAAGCCUAGAAAGAGCAAUGACUCGCAGAGUGAUCAUGAUCAGAACAAGCAGAAAUCUGUUACGAAGAGCAAGUAUUCUGCUGAAUCUGAUAGUGAUUCGGACAAUGACCAUGGUGAGCGAUCCAAAUAUGUGAAGAUUUCGCACAACUCUGAACACUAUAAGUCUGGAAUGGAUGUUAAGGACCAAUACCUUGAUAAAUUGAAGAGUGACUCAAGGAAUGAUGACUACAUAAAGAAAAAUUCUGUGAAGAGUUCUCACCAUUACUCUGAAGAUGAGAAGCAACCUAGCAAGGUCCUUCAGAAAAACAAGUAUUAUCAUGUUUUUAAGGAUGAUAAACAGGUGCAAAAAGGUAAAGAGGAGUAG